AUCUCUUCUUCCUGAAUGUGAUCCUUCAAAAAUCACAACAGUCGACAUUAAACGCACAACACAAGUUUUUCAAAACACUUCAGGAAACUCUGAAAUGAUAAACGUGUGUAUUUGUGUUUCAGUGUGUCCUGCAGACAUCCAGCAACUGAUGGUGAAUAAAGAAGAGGUUCCCCCUGAGGAGCAGCAGUGGAGCCCCCUUGUGGACCAGGAGAACCCAGAGCCCCCCUACAUUAAAGAGGAACAGGAGGAACCGUGGGCCAAUCAGGAUGGGCCGCAGCUUCAAGGACUGGAGGAGGCUGAUAUCAAGUUCACAUUGACUCCUGUCACUGUGAAGAGUGAAGAAGAUGAAGAGAAACCUAAAUCGUCCAAGCUUCAUCCGAAUGAGACGAAGGUCGACAGAGCGGACUGUGGGGGACCAGAACCAGCCAGGAACUUAGGUCUUGAUGGACGUUUACAACCAGGUCCUGAGGACAAGACUGAAGACUCUUAUGAGACUGAAGACAGUGAUGAUUAUUGGAUGGAGACCAGGGAACCUCAGACUGGUUUAAAUACAGGAGAUAACAAACAGCCUCCAAGUGAUAUGGGAUGUAAGACAGACAAAAAUGUGUUUAGUUGCUCUGAGUGUGCUAAAAGAUUUAGCAAAAGGGACCGUCUAAAUAGACAUAUGAGCAGUCAUACAGCAGAGAAACCGUUUAGAUGCUCUGAGUGUUGUAAAAGAUUUCGCCAUAGGUUCUCUCUAAAUACACAUAUGAGGAAUCAUACAGGAGUGAAACCGUUUAGUUGCUCUGAGUGUGGUAAAAGAUUUAGCCAAAAGGCCCAUCUAAAUUCACAUAUGAUGAGUCAUACAGGAGAGAAACCGUUUAGUUGCUCUGAGUGUGCUAAAAGAUUUAUCCAAAAGGCCCAUCUAAAUUCACAUAUGAUAAGUCAUACAGGAGAGAAACCGUUUAGUUGCUCUGAGUGUGGUAAAACAUUUAGCAAAAAUGGCCAUCUAGAUGUACAUAUGAGGAGUCAUACAAGAGAGAAACCGUUUAGUUGCUCUGAGUGUGGUAAAACAUUUAGCGAAAAUGGCCAUCUAGAUGUACAUAUGAGGAGUCAUACAAGCGAGAAACCGUUUAGUUGCUCUGAGUGUGGCAAAAGAUUUAGCCAAAAGACCCAUCUAAAUUCACAUAUGAUGACUCAUACAGGAGAGAAACCGUUUAGUUGCUCUGAGUGUUGUAAAAGAUUUAACGAAAGGGGCCAUCUAAAUGUACAUGUGAUGACUCAUAAAGGCGAGAAGUGAUUCAGUUGCAACCUUUGCUACAACAAAUUUAUUAGGAUUUAUCAGCAGAUAUUCAUAUUAUACAUAUUCAUAGUUCACUGUUUUAAAUAGACUAUUAAUAGUUUAUAUGUCCCUAGAAAAUAUAACUCAUUGAAUAACACGAAAGAUUUGUGUUUAUAUAUCUUGUUUCUACUGAUUUCUACAUAAUUUAUCUAUUUUUCAUAAUGUCCAUAGUGUCAUUUUAAGGUUAAAGUGUGUUCCUUGCAACGUUUGAGUGUGUGUUUUUAACUAGUUCAUUUGAUUAAAUAUGUUUCUUUUAUCGUAUAUUUGAUGCAGCCGAGAGGUCGAUGAUGUUGUAGAAGUUGUUGAUGAUGAAGGAAGGAUUCCGAGGACCCAGUAGUUUCGGUGUAACAAGGUUUAUUACAAGAAAUUACAGGUCGGGACGGGCAUCUAGAUACCCGGAGACACACAGCCAAUAGUGAAAGUCUGACGUGCUGGGGUCUUACACACAGUUAUAUAGGGAGAUUCGUUCCACCCAUGACUUCUGGGUAAAACACAUCCCACAUGGGAUUUCUGACUAAAUAAGGACACGUUUUUGUGUCCGAACAUGAAGACACACUGGUCAAGAACAUCCCUUCUGAGCCCAUCUGUUAACUGGUCAGAGAUGGUUCCCUAGAUCAAAGGUCGUCCCCAAAUAGGUAAAGUAAGUAAGACAAACACCUGGUGGACUCUCUGAGAAUGUCUGAGUGUCCAGAGGGCAAACACCAUAAAUGUAAGCCUAUUAUUAUGUUCUAAGCAUAUGUCAACAUGUUUUACUCUAACGAAUACACAACACUUUUAAAACAAUGGUUUGUGAGAUUCAAUGACGGUGUGUGUUCUCCUUAAUGUAUUGACUGUGUUUCCAAGAAUAAAAGUCUAAUAAAAAGAU